UGGCAGUUCGACUGUAUUGAACCUUCAUUAGGCUUAGUCUCCUAAUAAUAAUAUACGUCACCAAAUGGGCUAUUUUUAUGCAGAAAAAAAAUCAACACUGUGGUCACUGAAUUCAAAGCAUUCCAUUGUUUCAAAGAGCGAGUCCCGUAGUUCAGUUGUGAUUUCCCUUUAACGGCUGAAACUUAGAAGGACUCUGUCUUAUUGUCAUUCAGUUUUUGGCUGUGCUCUGGAACCUAAAAGGACUGUCUCUAAUAUCAUUCAGUUAUUGGCAAGUCGCUUAUGUCCACAUCAUGAAUGACUCGCAGAACUCGACGUGCGAAGUUUUGAUGCAUCAUUACGCCAUCACUACAGAAGUUGACGAUCUCCGUUUUACAUACAUCUCAAACAGUAUUUUAAACAGUUUAUUGUCGCAUUCCGCCAUCAUGCUUAACAUUGUAACUAUCUACGCGAUUCGAAAAACUUCUUCGUUUCCAAAGACACUGAAAACAUUGCUUUUGAGUCUCGCUGUUUCUGAUAUUGGUGUUGGUUGUCUUGUACAGCCGUUUUACACUUCACUCUUGAUCAAGAACCUGGUGGAAGAGAUCCCCAGCUGCAACACAUUCAACAUGUUUGGGAUCACAUUGGGUUUGUUUUCUAUGGCUUCGUUCCUUGGUGUAGUUGCUGUAAGUGUAGACAGGUUCUUAGCUGUUCAACUUCAUCUCAGAUACCAAGAACUUGUGACUCACAAGCGUGUUGUUGCUGUGGUGAUCUCAAUAUGGCUGUUAAGUGUGUUUCUUACAUCAUGGAUCCUCUGGGUUCCGUUUCUAGUACACUCGAUAUUUUUGAUCAUUUUUGGGUUGUCGUUCUUCCUUGUCACAACAACGGUCUACUUGAAAAUAUAUAUGACUGUAAGACACCACAAGAAACAGAUUCAGUCUUUGCAGCGUUUACGGCAGGUGGAGAUGGCAAAUACGGUGAACGUCCUGAAGUCUGCACUCGGUAUAUUCUAUGUGUAUCUCGUUUUUGUGGCUUGCUAUUUGCCUUACAUGAUGUGCUUGGUUUUAGCUGACACAACUGUGACAAAUAACUCUACAAAGGUCCUCUACUUUUUCUCGUAUACUUUUUUAUUUAUGAAUUCAUCUCUGAACCCUGUAAUUUAUUGCUGGAAGAUGAGGCACAUUCGACACGCUAUCAUGGACACACUGAGGAACAUGCCCUGGAACAGAAAGCAAAUAUACUCGAGUUGGCAUCGAUCGGCCGUCACCACUGAGAGUGCUGCUGACUUAAAAACGUUGAAGUACAACCUGUAG